CUCAGUCAUACAUUUCACCAUCAUGACAAAACAGCCAUCUCUAGAAUUGUCCUUUUGCCCCUCAUUCGCAAUUUCUUCUUCCUUCCAUUUAGUUCUUUCAUAAACCUACGGCUUCUUCAGUUUAGCCAUUAGGGUUCGAAUAUAUUUGCUUUAUGCUUCGACGAGCCAUCCCCAGACUGAAACCAUCACAACUCAAGAUUCAGCAACCAAAUUCCUCACUGCGCCUUUCGCAGACCAUGGCGCAUCUCAACGGCAACGUAGACGGCAAGAGAGCCUCCCACACUCUAUCGUCGCUCCCGAAAUCCAAUGUCUUCACAUCGAGUCUCCCCACCGACGCCGCAUUCCCUACCCCCGCAGAUUCGCACUCCGCCCCGCGGGAGACCCUAGGCCCACGCAUGAUUAAAGAAGCACUCUUCACCUACGUCCGACCUGAAAUCACACACUCGCCAGAGCUCCUCGCAGUAAGCGAUCGCGCCGUACAAGACCUCGGCCUGGACCCAAAAGAGACGGAAACAGAAGAAUUCAACCAAGUAUUCGCAGGCAACAAACUCCUCACCUGGGACGAGGAGACGAAAGAAGGGAUAUACCCCUGGGCGCAAUGCUACGGCGGCUACCAAUUCGGACAAUGGGCAGGCCAACUCGGUGACGGACGCGCGAUAUCCCUCUUCGAGACCACGAAUCCAGAAGGCGUACGUUACGAAAUCCAACUCAAAGGCGCAGGCCGGACCCCAUACUCUCGAUUCGCAGACGGGAAGGCCGUCCUUCGCAGCAGCAUCCGCGAGUUCGUCGUCAGCGAAUACCUCAACGCCAUCGGGAUCCCGACUACACGCGCGCUCGCCCUAACCCUCGCCCGCAAAUCCAGAGUGAUGCGCGAGCGGAUGGAGCCCGGCGCCAUCGUCACCCGCUUCGCACAAUCCUGGGUCCGCCUGGGUACCUUCGACCUCCCCCGCAUGCGCGGCGACCGCGCCACCCUCCGCAAACUCGCAGACUACACCGCCGAAUCCAUCUACGGCGGCUGGGACAAGCUGCCCUCGGCCCUCACUGCAGGCCAGGACCCUAGCACCACCCUCCCGACCUCGAUCCCAAAACUCGACGUCCAAGGCCCCGCCGGCUCAGAAGAAAACCGCUACGUGCGCCUAUACCGGGCGAUCGUGCGCGCCAACGCCCGCACCGUCGCCGCCUGGCAAGCCUACGGCUUCAUGAACGGCGUGCUGAACACGGACAACACGUCCAUCCUCGGGCUCUCCAUGGACUACGGGCCCUUCGCCUUCCUCGACACCUUCGACCCGACAUACACGCCCAACCACGACGACCACAUGCUGCGGUACUCCUACCGUAACCAGCCCACCAUCAUAUGGUGGAACCUCGUGCGUCUCGGCGAAGCCCUCGGCGAACUCAUGGGCGCCGCCGACUUCGUCGACGACGCGGUCUUCGUGGCCAGCGGCGUCACGGAGGCGCAGGCAGACGGCCUCGUCAAGCGUGCGGAGGGCAUCAUCGACCGCGCGGGCGACGAGUACAAGGCUGUCUUCAUGGCGCACUACAAGUCUCUCAUGACGGCGCGGUUGGGACUCAAGCAGUGCAAGGACGGCGACUUCGAGGAGUUGUACUCCGAGCUCCUUGACUUCCUCGAGGCGCACGAAUUGGACUUCCACCAUGCGUUCCGACGGCUCGGGUAUGUGAGGUUGGAGGAGCUGGAGACGGAGCAGGCAAGGAGGGAUGUCGCGGGAAGGUUCUUCCGGAGUGGUGAGGCGCCGAGGCAGGAGGAUGCGUCGAGGGAGAGGAUCGCAAAGUGGCUUGAUAAAUGGGCUGCUCGUGUGCGGGAGGACUGGGGUAGCGCUGGUGAGGAGGAGAGGAUGGCUGCGAUGGCGAAGACGAAUCCGAAGUUCGUGCCGAGGUCGUGGGUGCUCGACGAGCUUAUCGAUCGUGUUGAGAAGAAGAACGAGCGUGAUGUACUGAAGGACAUCAUGAAGAUGAACCUGAGUCCCUUUGAGGAGAAGUGGGGUGGGAAUGAGGGUGAAGAGGAGAGGUUCUGCGGCGAUGUGCCGAAGUAUAAGGGUAUGAUGCAGUGUAGUUGUAGCUCUUGAGGGGUGCUUUACGAUACACUGGGAGGAAAUGAUAACGACAUUAAAAGGAAGAUAGUAGAAGUAUUUGGCCACAGAGCAGGAUAUACAUACAUACAUAGGGCGAACAUUUAUAUAUAUAGCAUAUUUGAAAUGAUAUAUC